UUUUUGAACUGUCUAUGUUGUCAACAGAGAUGGCGCUGCGCGAAGGAGCUCUCCGUUGUAAAAUGCUAGUCAACAGCCGUCAUUUUUACAAAUUGACCUCAUUUGUUAGUGUCCGCUCGGUGUCUGACAAGGUGUCAUCUAAACCCGUAACGUCAAGUGACACAGAGACCUUGGGUGACCAUUUAAUCUACACACAAGAACACUUUGCAUUGAAGGAGUCCCUCAGAAAGAUCAUCGACCAGGAGAUCAACCCCCAUGUGGAUCAGUGGGAAGCAGAAGGGAAGUUUCCAGCACAUAAAAUUUUCAAGAUCUUAGGAAGUGCUGGUUUUCUCGGAGUCAGCAAACCAGUCGAGUAUGGCGGCUUGGGCCUUGACUUCAGCUACAGCGUAGCAGUUUCAGAAGAGCUGGGUAACAUCCGCUGUGGAGGCAUCCCCAUGGCCAUCGGUGUCCAGAGUGACAUGGCUACUCCUGCACUGGCCAGGUUUGGUUCAGCUGAGUUAAAGAAAGAGUUCCUCCUUCCCUCCAUCAUGGGGGACAAAGUAGCCUGCCUCGGAGUUAGUGAAGUUGGAGCCGGCUCUGAUGUGUCAAGUAUCAAGACCAAGGCAGUAAGGGAAGGGGACGAAUAUGUGAUCAAUGGGGGAAAGAUGUGGACCACCAACGGUACCCAGGCUGACUGGAUCUGUCUUCUCGCAAACACCAGUGACGGGCCCCCACACAGAAACAAAUCCCUCUUCUGUAUGCCCAUGAACCUGCCAGGAGUACACAUUGCCCGCAAGAUUGAUAAACUGGGUAUGUGGUCAUCAGACACAGCUGAACUGUUCUUCGAUGACGUACGUGUGCCCUGCAAGAACAUCAUCGGCCAGGAAGGCAUGGGCUUCACCUAUCAGAUGCUUCAGUUCCAGGAGGAGAGGCUCUGGGCAGUGGCCAAUAUCUUGACAAUGAUGGACAACAUCAUUCAUGAGACCAUCCAGUACACACGGCAGAGGAAGGUCUUCAAGCAGCCUGUCCUCCACCACCAGUCGGUUCACUUCAGGUUGGCCGAGCUGCAGACGGAGGUCGAGCUGCUCCGCUCCCUCCUCCACCGAGCUACAGCAUUGUACAUUAAAGGGAAUGAUGUCACCAGGCUGGCAUCCAUGGCCAAAUUAAAGGGGGGCCGCCUGGCCAGAGAAGUGGGUGACAGCUGUCUCCAGUUUUGGGGAGGAAUGGGCUUCACCAGUGACGUUCUGGUCAGCAGAUUUUACAGAGAUUCUAGGUUAAUGUCAAUUGGUGCAGGAGCUGAUGAGGUCAUGCUGGGAAUAAUCUGCAAGUACAUGGACACACUGCCCAAGAACUGAUAUCAACACCUGACCCAGGGACUGAUGUUUGCUGCUCCACUGCUGAUAACGUGCUAAUCAUUCACAAUGAAUUGCUAAACACCGAUCACCUAAGUGCAGUUCUGAUAU